AUGAGACCCAUGGGGCUCUUUGCCACACGCGACACGACGCCGCAGCGCGUCGCCGGAGUGCCGUUGUCGUCGUCGUCGCCGCCGCCGUUGCGCAAGCAAACCCAUUGCGGGGCAACACACGCAGCCGCGCGACACAAGAUGCUUCUGCCGCUCAACGGGGCGCCGCAUGCAUGCGGGUCCCGAGCCAAAGUCCCUCGCCCGUACACCCCAAAGGCAGCAAGUGCCUCGCGCAGGGAGACCUACGCUGCAGUAAAAGCCUGCGCCGCUCUGCGGUGCGGGCCCACCGGCUGCCGCGGUUGA